AGAUUCCCCUCUCUCUUUCUGUGCAAGGAGGGAGCAUGCUGUUGCAUGAUGUACCUCCACGGGAACGCGGAGGACCUGGGGCUAUCGCACGAUCUGCUCAAGGCAUUUCGUGAUUUUCUCAACGUCCAUGUCCUCGGAGUCGAGUAUCCUGGCUAUGGCCCGGUUCCUGGCAACCCGUGCGAGGGGGGGGUCAAUCGCCACACCCGAGCUGCUUUCAAUUUCCUCACCCAGAAGUUGAGGAUCCCUCCACAACGCGUGAUCAUCUUCGGGAGGUCGAUCGGCACUGGCCCAGCGACGAACCUCGUCUCUCUCUUGCACAAGCAGCGGAAGCAGGCGGCAGCCCUGGUCCUGCAGAGCCCUUACAGGUCUAUCAAGACGCUUGCGAAGGAGCUUGUGGGUGCGAUCGCCAAUGUGAUCAUGGAUCGAUUCGACAACGAGACCGACAUCGUCAACUGCUACUCGCCGACGUUGAUCAUCCAUGGAAGACAAGAUGAGCUCAUCCCUGUUCGCCAUGCGUCCGUCCUC